GUCUGUGUCUUUGACUUUGAGCUUGUCACUUGGUUAAUUUUAGGUUUGUUUUAGGGAGGACUGAGUGAGUCUGAGGUGUUCAAGAAAAGGUCAGGGCCAGCUCCAUGAUCCAGGGACUCGGUGGUAAAAUUCCCAGGUACGUAGUGUUCACGGCACGCACUCGAACUAUUCCCUAGUUGGUGAUCGGUGAUUCUGCUCGUAGCGGGCGUAGAUCUACUGUAGACUAGUGCCUAGUGUGAAUCAUCGCUAGUACCUGCAGCGGACGAACAUGGCUAGCGCCGGGCGCAUUGUUCUGCGCGGGGGCCGUGUAAUCGACCGCUCGCUAAACAUAGAUCACGUGUGCGACGUAAUCAUUGUCGGCGAUGUCAUCGAGGCUCUAGUGGACUGCGGGGGACAGUAUGAUGGCAAUGAUGACGUCAGGGAUGUGUCAGGUUGCCUGGUUGUACCGGGUCUGAUUGACCUGCACAUCCACGGCUAUGAGCAUGCCACUCCGCUGGGCAUCGACGUCGACAAGUACUGCUUGCAUCGCGGAGUCACCACGGCUGUGGAUGCUGGCAGCGCUGGAGCAACUACCUUUCCUGGCCUGCGCAAGUUCAUUGCCGAGAAAUCACGCACUCGUCUAUUGGCCUAUCUGAACAUCUCCAUGCAUGGCCUGGCCUCGGCUGGAUGCUCGGGGUAUGGUCUAGGUGGUGAGCUGGACUCGGCCAAGCAAAUCAAUGCCGACAGCGCUGCAAAGUGCAUCGAAGAAAACCGCGACAUGAUCGUGGGUAUAAAGAUACGACUCUCUGCGGAUGGUGCGAACGACGGGAAAAACGAGCAGCUAGCAAUGAGGACUGCGCUGGAGUGUGCUAAGAGGGUCCAGCUGCCUGUGAUGGCGCACCACAGCAUGUCCACAGUGAAACUCGGCGGCGAGGAGGAGGUCUUGUCCUGUCCUGGAAGCUUACGACCCGGAGAUGUCUACACUCACUUCUAUCAUGCCUAUGAAUCAACGGUAGUAGAUGUAUCAGAGCCACAUCCAGUGGGUGGAUACAGCAAGUUUGAUCCAGCCGUGCUGGAGGCUCGCAAGCACGGUGUUCUAAUGGACAUUGGCCAUGGCCAGGGAUCGUUCAGCUGGACCAUUGCCGAGCUCGGUGCAAAAGAAGGUCAAUGGCCCGAUGUAAUCAGCACGGACCUCCACACAGGUUCCAUGGAUGGUCCUGCAUACGACUUGCCAACAGUCAUGACGAAGAUGUUGCAUGUUGGCAUGCCGUUGCUGGACAUCAUCACGGCCGUGACUGCCACGCCGGCCGAGUGCUGUGGACGAGCAGACAAGCACCAGCUGAGGCCGGGUGCGGAGGCCGACGUCACCGUGCUGCGCCUGGACGACUGCAGCACGCACCUCGAGGACAGCCAGGCACAGUUGCGGCACGUCACGAAGCGGAUCCUGCCCGUGGCGGUGUGGAGAGCCGGUGAAGAGGCAGACAUCAUCCUCCCCGAGGUGUGGCCCAACACAGCACGCAUGCCCACCCUGAGCAAGGAGUGGAAGAAACUGCUGGUGAAGGAUGCCAAGGCGCCAGAAGCCAUGGCUGCCCUGCAGUAGUCACAAUGCACAGUUUGAAAUACUUGUACGGACCACGCCACCAGCAACAUGGAGCAUAGCGAGUCAUGUGCUGGGGAAGUGCGAGAUCUCCUCCGCUACAUCACCGCCAGUGUGAUAAGAACGUGUGCCGCAUGGAUUGCGAUGCACUUUACCAUUACAAUAUAUAUAUAUUUUUUUCUUUCCAGAAUGAUGGACUUUACGCAACAGCAUCCACACAGGACAGGAGUGGUACUCUGUGGAACCUUUUCUUCAGUUAUUGCCAAAAAGAUAGAGAGUUUCUGCAUGGGAAGUGGGAACCCCAUCAUUGGGGAUCAAUGCUCCACUGUCACCCCUGCCAAAGAUACAGCCGCAUUGACAUCGCUAUGUUUCGUCCUUGUAUUCUCUCAUUUACGAUGGCAUCAAAUGCACGGAACAAGUUCAGAGUACUUUAUGCCAUUUAUUCAAUAAUUAGCAUAUAAUUAUUGUCUGGCAGGCCAGAUGUAAAGAAUUUUGAAAAUAUCUCAACUUUUGAUUAUUUCA